AUGAGGACAGGAUCGUGGCGAGUCGUCUCGCUCCUCUUACUAUGCCUCGUGCUGGCCUUUGUCAACUGCCAGGAACCCGUCCCGAAUCAACAAGACGGCUCCCAUCAUGACACGACGCCGUACAUCGCUAAUCAACAAGACCAUGCCACAACACAUGACAAGCCGCCACACGAGCAGAGUCCCGCCGUCAAGGAUGCUCUCGCCUCUCUUCGCAAGAUCCGUCCACCAACUAGUCGCCUGGCACGCCUCAGCAAGCCUUCUGGACUCGUCGCCAAGACUAUCUACUAUGCCAAAAACUUGUUUGUCCUUCUCUUCAUGAACCAACCCGACCAGAGAGACCUUCUUGUCACCCACACCACUGCGCAACCUCUCGCUCCUGCACUUUCUCGCGCUGUCACCCUACUUCAAGAUGCCGCCGCCGAGCAAGACCCGGACGCUUUGUGGCUGUUGGCCGACAUGAACUUCUACGGCAACUUCACCCACCCGAGAAACUACUCGCGCGCCUUCGAAUACUACCAGACUCUAGCCUACAUGAACGGCAACAGUUCUGCUCAAUAUAUGCUGGGCUUCAUGUACGCCACCGGUAUUGGAAACGCCGUCCCGCAAAACCAGGCUCGAGCCCUUCUAUACCAUACUUUCGCUGCCGAGCAGGGCGACAUUCGCUCUCAGAUGACCCUCGCUUAUCGUCAUCAUUCUGGAAUCGCCACUCCGAGAAACUGUGAAGAGGCGGUACAUUGGUAUAGGCUGGUCGCAAAGCAGGCCGUGGAGUUCUACAAGUCCGGUCCUCCUGGUGGCCACUCGCUGGUCAAGAACGCUUUCCGCUUGGUCGAUGAAGAAGGUGGCAUUUACGGCGAAGGCGCCAGUGUCAGCAGUUCUGGUGUCAAUGCAAAGACUGGAGGUCCUACAUCAGACGCCUACGCUGAUCUGGAUGACGUCCUCGAGUUCCUCGACUUCCAAUCAAGAAAGGGCGAUCUCAAGGCUACCUUCCACCUUGGGAGACUGUAUUACGAUGGCUCGCGAGGAUUGGCUCGCAACUUCCCCGAAGCAAAGGAUCACUUCAUGCAGGUCGCUAGACUCUAUUGGACUCCCUCUGGCAAAGUCAAGUCCGACGUUUCGUCCGCCGUCGAAAAACUCGCCCCGAAAGCUGCUGGUUAUCUGGGAAGAAUUUUCUUACGCGGCGAAGGCACUGAGAAGAGCUAUAGCAAGGCUAAGAUCUGGUUCUCUCGCGGCAUUGAACAUGGUGACGCCCUCUCCCAGUACUCCAUGGGAGUCAUGUACAUGGAAGGACUGGGCGUUCCCAAGAAUCCUGUCAAGGCCGCCGAAUACUUCUCUCCAGCUGCCGAUCAGGACCUUGCAGUGGCGCAAACAAACUUGGGCAUCUUGUUCAUGGAUCAAGGUGACGUCCACACUGCCAGAAGUUACUUCGAGCUGGCUGCUCGCAACAGCCACAUCGAGGCCUUCUAUUACUUGGCUGAGCUGAGCAAUCAAGGCGUCGGUCGUGAUCGCUCUUGCGGCAUGGCUUCUGUCUACUACAAGAUUGCUUCCGAGAAAGCAGAGGUUAUCCAUUCUUCGUUCAUAGAGGCCAACGAAGCCUACGAGCGUGGUGAUCUCGAAACUGCCAUCAUCGCAUACAUGAUGGCCGCUGAGCAAGGCUACGAGAUUGCACAAGCCAACGUUGGAUAUCUGCUCGAUCACACUCGCCCACGCUACUCACUUCCUUCGAUCUUCCCUUUCCUUCGCCGCCGCAUCGAUGCAGCUGGCGAUGCAGCCCUGGCUCUCAUCUACUGGACUCGCUCAGCCAAACAAUCCAACACCGACUCGCUUGUCAAGAUGGGUGACUACUACCUCGACGGCGUUGGUGCUGCGUCAUCCCCUGAAAAUGCAGCUGUGUGCUAUCAAGCCGCUGCCGAGGGCAUGUUGAGCGAAGGAAUGGCGAGCGCCCAAGCCAUGUGGAAUCUUGGCUGGAUGCACGAGAAUGGCAUUGGCAUCGAGCAAGACUUCCAUCUCGCCAAACGGUUCUACGACCAAGCACUCGGUACAAACGCAGAAGCAUACCUGCCAGCCAAGUUGAGUCUUGCAAAGUUGAGGCUGCGUAGUUGGUGGAACGGUGUCAGUGGAGGUAGUGUCAAUUCUAUCAGAGACGAGCCUUCCCAGAAACCGAGCCGCACACUAAGUCAAUGGCUCAACGACUUCCUCGAAGCCGACGCUGCAUACUACGCCGAUCACUUUGAAGCAGACGACUGGGACGACGCACACCACCACAUGCCCGGCGGCGAUGACUUCUACGACGACGGCACUGAAAUCGACGACGGUCUCAUCGAGAUGUUUAUGAUUGUGGGCUUGGCUGCUUUACUCGCUUUCUUGGUCUACUAUCGCCAGCAGAGACAGAGGGAAGCCAGACUGAGGGCUGAGCAGCAAGGUCAACAGGGAGCAGCGCCACCACCACAGCAGGAUCAAGGGUUCUUCCCUCCACCGGGAGAGCCCGAAUUUGCUAAUUGGGUUGCUGGAGGUGUGGGUCAUUAG